GAAAUUCAUGCUAAACGUAUUGUUUAUGGGAUUAAGAUGAUGUUUGGUGUAGAUUUUGCAUGGGAAGUUGUUAGUGUUGAUGGAAAUGUCGGUAGACUAGCACGACGGGCUAGAAAAAGUCAUAUCGAAGGAGCAAUUCAUCAAAAUAACGUAAAACUUCAUUAUGAUUCUUAUAAAGAUCCUGUCGAAUUAUUGCUGGAAAAUUGUAAGAAAUCUCCUUGCCGAAAAUUUUGCGAAUCUGGUUAUUGCCCUUUUGGUCUAAGUUGUAAAUACUCUCAUGUUCCAUAUGGAGUUGAUUUCUCUAUUAUUGAUCCCCAUUUAUACUUGGCUCAAAAUCCUAUCCUUCUUCAACAACAACGUCCUCAAUUAUUUACAAAACAACAAGGUGGGCAAUCAUUACAACAAAAACCAAUACCAAUGUUUAAAUAUAAACUUCCGUCUGGUAUAUCGUUAAGAGAUUUGCCACCAUCACUUAGACCUCCUCCACCAAUGGGAUAUGAUUUCUCAAAAGCUGCACAAUGGG